UGUGUAUAGGUUUUAUUAAUUAAAAAAAAAUUAACUUGAAAAUAUAUAGAAUAUAAUAGAAAAUAAUUUUAUUCUGGGACGAAGUCCCUUUAGAAUAACAAAAAAGUACAAAACUAAAAUGUUAUAUCUGGCCAAAUAAAAACAAACAUAAAAAGUAAAGAUAAAGAUAAAUAAGUAAAGAAAAUAUUAGUUAUACAUACUAUAUACAAAAUAAAAAAAAAAAUCAAUAUACAAAACUCUUGAAACCUUGCCAAGACACAUUAAAAUUAUGUACAAUGGUAAAAUAUAAAUAUAUACUUUUAAAAAAUAUAAAAAAUACAUUACAUUCUUCUUAGCAGUAAACUCUGUGUUUCUGUUGAAAAGAAAGAAAGUCGAAAUCUGAUAAUAAGUAUUUAAGUGAUGGGCUAUAUGUAAAUACAUUAUUAUGAAUAAUAUGUAAUUUUACAUAAAAGGUUAGUGGGUAUCUGACUGUUUUUGGGACAAGAAUUGGAAUAGGAGGGUUUUGAAUGUAGAUAGGGAUAAAGAAUGGCGAAUUUUGAUAGGAAGGGAAUUCCAAAAAUUAACAGAGAGAGCAAUAAAGGAGUUUUGGAAUGAGGCAGAUCUGUGAGAAGGAAUGUAAAGGUCGGAAGGUCGAGAUCUCAUGGAAAGGGAGUGGACUGAGGACUUGAAUUGGAGAAGGUUGUAGGCGUAAGAAGGAUGAUGAUUGUUGAUAAUAUGAUAGAGAAACGUACUUAGGAAAUAUUUUCUUCGAAUGGAGGUAUUGGUAUAUAUGGUAUUGGAGCCCACUUUAACUCAAUGUAGUGGUGAGACAUGGGAGUAUCUCGGGGCAUCAAUGACAAAUCUCAUGCAAAUAUACUUAAAAGGAUAAACAUAGAUAUAUAUAUAUAUAUAUAUAUAUUUAAAUCUAUUUACAUAUUUAUAUAAAGACAUAAAACUAUUACAAGUGUUUUAUUUUUAUUUUCAAAACAUUGCAUUUGUUCACCUCUUGGUGAAGAAUAUUUGGCUUUCAGCAUCCAUCAGAGGGACAGGAUGCUAACAUAGGGGGUUUGCCUGACCCAACCUACUAGGGCCUGGGUAGAGGAACCAGUUCGAAUCUGGCCAAGGUGGAUUGAAAUUUAUUUUGUCAUGAACCCAAGCAAUGAAAUAUUAAGAGGCGGCAGUCAUUACAUAAACUCAAACUGUUUUAUGUUUAUAUUGACUAGCAAAUCAUAUCUCUGAUUGUACUAAACAAUUUCCAGCCCUCAUGAUGAUCCAUAUGCUUGGGGUUGAAACGUCGGCACUAAUAUAACUCUUAUUAGAUUAUUAUGCUUUUUAUCUAUUUAUUUUUAGGUUAUUUUAUUCUUAUUUAUUGUAUAUAUUGUAAUGUACACCUUUAUUGGAAGUGAGUAAAAAGGGUUUAAUAAAUUAAUGUUUAACAAUUAAAAGGCAAGCUAAUCUAGUUCUACUAGUGCAGAGAAAAGAAAAUGGCUGCUCUGUAGUUUCCCAAGAAGGAAAAUCCCAAAGAGGAGAGGGACAAAGGUUUUUGUUUUGGCGAGGAGUUGGUUUUCGGCUGGAGUGAAGAGAGGAUGGGAGAAGUGAUCCUGGCUCCAGUGGGUAAAACCCAGUAAUAGUAUUACCAUCUUGAAAGUUGUGUUUGGCAGAACAUUAGAAAGCAUUUGAAGACAAAUGAAUUUAGGGCAACAAAGGAAGAAAUAGUAUCUAUAGAAAAAAGGUUAACUUGCCAAUCCAGAUUUGACUUUAUUUUAAAAUCAGUGUUUAAUUUUAUUAUAAAUAGUGUAAAUAAUAUUUUGUCUGAGUUGAUCUGAUUGUCAGAAACCCACACCUGAGAUAAAUAAAUAUAUUAAUACUCUGAUAAUUUUGUUUUUUAUUUAACAACCUCUUAUUUCUUUUGGAAGUAUCCUAAGGAUAUAAAUUGAUCUUCUGAGGAUUUAUUAUUAUUAUUAUUUUAAAAUAUAAGAGGGAUGUUACAAUAUAUUAUUUUUCUGUAUAAUUUAUUGUACUUAGAGUGUGAAUGUGAUCUCUGAACACUAUUAUAUAUGUCCUUGAGACAGAUUGUAAUAUUUUUCAAUAAAUAAGUUAAAAAAAUAUAUAUAUAACUCUUAAAAAUGAUUGCGUCUUUACUACUUAUUAGCUAUAAUUUUAAAAACAUUAUACAUAUAAAAAAUAAUAAUAAAUAAAUUAGAAUUGUAAUUACAAAAUUAUUGUAAAUGAAAAUCAAGGCAAAAUUUUCUUAAAUAAUAGUACUGCGAAAAUUUCUUUUCAGACUUGAAAAUGGCUCAAUGAGUCGAAACGUUGUCAAAAUCCAGUAAAGGAUUGAAAAUAAAAACAAUAUUGGUAUACAUAUGUUUUUUUUUUUAAUUAGCAACUGAAAAGAUACAUUACAUUAUAAACAUUAAUGAGGAAUAAUGGUUUCAAUUUUAUGAUAGUGAUCAAUAUUUUAGUAUCAAGACAUUUCGAAAAAGUCACCACCAUAAGUAUCUAACAUUAGCUUUUUUUCAUCUAAUAAUAAUCAUAUCAGAGUCGGACACCUUGUACACCUGAUUUAUUGAUUGAGAUACUAGUUUACUGGUUGCCAUAGGAUACAUAAUAAGCCACUUCAAGUAGAGCCAGUAAUUUACUAUUAACUCGAAAUGAAUAUAGCAAUCAUCUCAAAGUUGCAGUUGAUUGUCAAACGAAAAGAAGCUAAAGCGAAGAAGAAAAGAGGAGUACCUGAUGCUGCUGCUCUCGCUUACCAAGAGAAAUGCCGAGAACGUGCUUUGAAGAAGAGCCAAGAUACAAAAAAACUGUUCAAAGAAGAAUUAAAAAUACUACAGCAAGAGCAGACGUCUGCGUUCACUGGUGUCCAGCUGAGUAGGCUAUACGAAGAAGAGAAACUGUUGAAAAAAGUCUUACUUUUGGAUAAUAGAAAGUGCUCCUGGAAAAGGCAGAUGAAACUUCAUAACCUAGUAGAGACACAAACAUCAUCCAGUCCAAGGCUUUACUAAUGUCAUCUCAUACCUGGUUUAAAAUUUAAUAUUAUAAUUUGCUGGCUUUUAGUACAUAAAUUAAUAUGCGAUUAAAAAUUGAUCAGGUGGUUUUCUUCGUUUAAACACAAAUAAAAUUAGUAAAUCAUUAAGAACUUGUCACAGUAGUUUAUAGUAAUAGGACUAGGAAAACUUUUUUUGAACGAUUCCAAAAU